GUGCGGACCGUUGACAUGGAUGCCCUCGCGCUCGAGGCCGCCAUUGGUAAAAAGCCGGCCAACGGGGCGGCAGCAGCUGCACCUGUGCUGGCACCAGCGCCGGUCAAGCGCAAACCUGCUAAAAAAACUAAAAAAGCUGUUGUUUUCUUUGAGGUGGAGAUCCUUGAUGCCAAGACCAAGGACAAGCUCUGCUUCCUAGACAAGGUGGAGCCAAAUGCCACCAUUGGGGAGAUCAAGUCUAUGUUCCACAAGAGCCAUCCUCAGUGGUACCCAGCCAGACAAUCCAUUCGACUGGAUCCCAAGGGGAAAUCUCUGAAGGAUGAGGAUGUUCUGCAGCAGCUCCCUGUGGGAACCACAGCAACUUUCUACUUCCGAGACCUUGGGGCUCAAAUCAGCUGGGUCACGGUGUUCCUGACAGAGUACACGGGUCCUCUUGUCAUCUACCUGAUGUUCUACUUCAGGGUGCCCUUCAUCUACGCACCCAAAUAUGAUUUUACCACCAGUAAACACUGGGUCGUACAUCUGGCCUGCAUGUGUCACUCUUUCCACUACGUCAAGAGGCUCCUGGAGACUCUGUUCGUCCAUCGCUUCUCUCAUGGAACCAUGCCGCUACGUAACAUCUUCAAGAAUUGUACAUACUAUUGGGGCUUUGCAGCGUGGAUGGCCUAUUAUAUCAAUCACCCGCUCUAUACACCACCUGUUUAUGGAGAGCAACAGAUCAGACUGGCCCUCAUCUUAUUCCUGUUCUGUCAAAUCGGCAACUUUUCCAUCCACAUUGCCCUCCGCAACCUCCGUCCGCCAGGGUCCAAGACCAGAAAGAUUCCCUACCCAACAAAGAACCCCUUCACCUGGAUCUUCCUGCUGGUCUCGUGCCCCAACUACACUUAUGAGUUGGGGUCUUGGCUGGGCUUCACUGUGAUGACUCAGUGUCUGCCCGUGGCCUUCUUCACCCUGGUGGGUUUCAUCCAGAUGACCGUGUGGGCCAAAGGAAAGCAUCGCAGCUACCUGAAAGAGUUCCGAGACUACCCUCCGCUCCGAUCACCCAUCCUGCCCUUUGUGCUGUAACGGACUCUCUUCACGGACGCUCAAUCAGCUGCAUUUAUCUAAGAAAUCUCACCUCUGCGCUCAAACUUUAGAAUAGCAUUCUCCCCCAAAUAUACACUGGAAUCUAAACUGACUGACAUGCCCCCAAAACUAUUUUUACACUUCAUCCUCGUUGGUCAUUGCUGAAAUUAAUGUUUAACACCACACUGGCUUCAUUUCCCUUCUUGCCUCUUUGAAUUAUUUUGCAGAUCUCCAGAGCUGUUCAGACUUUUUUGUGCAGUGAAAGAAAACAACUUACAGUGUAGGUUUGAUGUCUUUCAAUUGUUGUUCAAAUUUAUUCAUCUACAUUUGAAACUGUGUGUCUGGAGAACGUAAUUUAUUAAUAAAAAAGGAACCGCU